AUGUCUGAAAGUCUCCAUCGCCUUAUGGAACUUGCGCAGGCUGAAACUGAUAGGAUGAAAAUCGGAGAGCUCGAGGAUCAGCUCGUGACAUGUCAAGUUGAAAAAAGGGAUCUUCAAUCGAAGUUCGAAAAAGAGCAAGAAGAGAAUAAGGCACUUCAUUUGACUUUGGCCCUUCGUACUGAUUGUGAGCAUGAGUUGGAACGCGUUCGCAGUGAGACCCAUCCCGGUGUUGAAGAGCUCGAAGUGAAACUGGCGGCUGCGGAGGCUGAGAUUUUGUUGAUGGAAUCAACUAACAAGGAACUGUUGGCUUCAUUGAACACCACUCGAGGACAGCUUGGAAAAAUGCUUCGUGAGAGAAACGAGAAGAUCAAAGAGGUCGAGCAACUGGAAGAGGCUUUGGAAAAGAUGGAAAAUCGCCAGAAGAGAAGCUGGAGUGACGAUUUGCACUGUGAUUUUGAGCUCAACACGUAUUCGACGAAUAUGAAACUGAUGCUUGAAGAACUCAAUGAUCAGACUUCCAAAUGGGAAAAGGAGAAGGUCAUGUUGAAAAAGCAUUACGAGGAGACUGAGAAGAAACUCACAAAAGAGAAUGCAAAGCUGAAGGCUCAGAAGGAAGAUAUCGUGAAUCAUUCGAGAAACUCUGAGAAGAUGUAUCAAGAAAGAUUGGACCAAGUUUUUGUUGAAUUGGCGAUGCUUCAAGAUGGAAAGAAAUCAGCAGGAAGCAAAGAAGACCUCCGCACACAGAGUAAUCAGGAAGUGAACCGAAAACUCCAAACAGCCUUAGAAGCCAUCGAUGAGAUGGAGGAUGAAAAUGUGACGCUUCGCGAGAAAUUGGAUGAGGCAACUGCGAGAAUUUCUCACUUGGAUGCAGAAAUAAGCGUCCUAAGACCAAAGCUUGCAGGGAGAGAGACUCUAUUGGAAGAUGCUCGAAAAAACGCUGAGCAUAUGGCCCUCUUGGUCAAAGAUGUGAUAGCACUUCAAGAUGAGCGUAGCACUCUGAAACAUGAGCUUUCUGAGAUAAUGGAGAAGCAAACCCAACAAACCAUCACAUUCUCGAAUGAAAAAGCCAAAUUUUGUCAUGACAUGGAGCGAAUGGAAGAGCAUUGGAGCAACGAAGUAGGCAAACUUAAGGAGCAGAAUGAGGUUAUGGAAAGAAUGCUAUUUGCUGCCACGAAAGAUUCGAUGGAUAAGAAGGAACUGUUUGAAGAGGAAAUCAAGGAGCAUAACCAGAAAAUCGAGGAACUCGAAUGCCUACUGAAGGUUCAAGCAACGAUGUCCGACAGAAAAAGUGAACAAUUUAAAGGCGAAAUCGCCGAGCUGAAAGAUCAACUCGAGCAGGCCAAGACUGUUCAGGAAACUGCUGUGAGACAAUGGGAUGAUGAGUGUGCCGAUUUGGAAGAUGAAAUUAACACUCUUCUGGAGAAAAGAAGUACGGAAACGAAGAAAAUGAGAACGAUGACAAGAAAGAACGUUUGGCUAAUCAAAUCUAUCAGAAAACUCGCCGAACAAAGACGAGCUGAAAUCGAUUCAAAGCAAGUUGAGAUCCAGAAAUUGACAAAGCUUUGUGAACUACAAAGAUUGGAGAACAACGAAUGCCUCAGCAAUUUGAAGGAAGAAAUGAAUGCGUGGAAGGAAGAUAGUGCAGUCAGGCAGGAGUUGGAAGUUGAGGUUGCGGACCUUAAGAAUCAUAAUACCGCAUUAGAGAACAGAGUAGUGAGAAUGCUUGCCCGUUCCAAAAGCGAACGAGAAGAUUAUUUGAGGAAUAUGGAAAUACUCAGAUCGGAUUCUGACUUUGAUCUCAGCCGGGCUGAAGCAAAUUUAAAUACCGCCAAGAAGGAAAAAGAAGAACUUUCCAUGCAGAUUCAAACCCUGAAAGAAGUUAUUGAAGAGAAGGAACGUACUUUGGCAGUACAGAAGGUUGAAUCAAGCAAAUUGCUGGAAGCCACUCUCAAAUCGCUGACCACCGAGAUGGAUAAUAUUCGUACGGUGAUGAACAUGGAGAAGGAUCGAAUUUUGGAUGAGAAAGCUUUGCUUACUAAUCAUUUGGCGGCAAAGAAUGAGAUUAUUCAGACUCACGAAAUCGAUAGAAAAACAUUAAUUGAAGCCAUCGCGAAGAUCUCGCAGAUGGAAAAGGAGGCCCAGUCGUCGUACGAACAGCAUGAGUACGAAUGUUCUAUGUGGCGCGCGGAAGUCCGUCAGUUGAAAACGGACAAUAAGAUGCUAAAGGAAAAUAUGGGAGUGGAGGUGCUGGAGGAUCAAUCUUCGGACGAUUCGAGCUGCUCGGAUGACUCGGAUUGCUCUGAUGAAUCUGAUUCGGAGGAGGAUGGCUAUGAUAUGCCUAAACCAGAAGAGGUUGAGAAGAAAGUUUCGAAUGAAUGGGAAAUGGUCCAUGAAGAUGAAGAUGAAUGUAAAUAA